UAUAUAGAUAGAUAGAAGGUGGGUAGCUGCUGCUGGUUCACUUUCCCUUUCAUUUCCUCACUUCUAGCAAAGGGGAAAUAUUGCACACACACACAAGAGGGUUUUAAUUUGACAGAAUCUGCACAUAGAGGUGCCUUUAAAAAAACGGAGGGGGGAAGGACACUUCCGAUGGACCAAUGGGUGCAGGAUCGUCACCUAAGGCAAUUGCGGAACUAAAUUUGAUUGACAGAAAAGGUGCCUUCAAUUUAACCCACUUUCUCUGAGAGGCCAUUCAGGGUUAAAAUACCCUGAUUGGAAGUCAGCACUUGCUUCCAGAAGGAUUUGGGGAGAAGGAAAUUGAACCUUCCCAGUUCCUUCCAGCGCAAAUAGCUCAGUGUGAAUAGGCCCAAUAAAAUCAAGCACAAUCACAGUCCAGUGGGAACAGCUAUAAAAAUGGAGAGUGAACAUUUCAAAGAGGUUAUGGAUGAGAGAAUGGAUACCAGAGUGUCCAACGUGAUAUUCAGCGUAACACCAGCCCAGAUGGAAGGGCUGCAGGGAAGGAGUUCCUGUCAUCCCUAUGAGGGUUUGCCUGUUGUGCCGGGAGAGCAAGUGGGGGUAGUGGUUGGAGCACUGCACUACAGAACUCUGGAAAACCAGGGUUCAAAUCCCUUCCUUCAUGGAAAUCCCUUGCCCAGCUGUCUCCUCCCCGAACUAGCAGAGAUGAUCUUGGAUGCGGUUCUGGUGGCACCUGAAGACUCACAUGGAGGGAUGCAUCAUCUAUGAAUGGAUGAGGCCAACUUGGGAGACCUUAGCUUUGGUGACCAUCAUGAGGCUGCCUCAGUCCAUUGCUGGGGUGAGGUGUUACCAGGAUGUCACCUAAUAUGUCACCCAGAUAUACUUCUCCACAUCUCAGUCUACAGCUUUGACUAAAGAUGGCAUUUCUCUUCUCCAUGAAUGUCUUGUUAAUGGACUGGAUGACGGAAAACAGAUUAAAACCGAAUCCAGACAAAACUGUUUGGAGAGUUACUCUCUUCCCUUUCCAGGGAUCGUAUUCAGCAAUGGAGAGAAAUGGAAGCAGCUCCGGCGCUUCGCCCUGACCACCCUCCGCAAUUUUGGGAUGGGGAAGAAAAGCAUUGAGGAGAGGAUCCAGGAGGAAGCCCAGUAUCUCCUGGAAAAGCUGCAGGACACAAAAAAGCAGCCCUUCGACCCCACCUUCCUUCUCAACUGUGCAACUUCCAAUAUCAUCUGCUCCAUUGUCUUUGGAAAACACUUUGACUAUGAUGACAAGAAGUUUCUAGCAAUGAUGAACAUACUGAAUGACGACUUUAAGAUUUUCAGCUCUCCUUGGGGUCAGCUCUACAACAUCUUCCCUUCCGUAAUGGACUUCAUCCCUGGGCCUCAUCACAGAAUAAAGUCAAAUAUUCAAAAGUCCAAAAAGUUUGUUUUAGAGGACGCUGAGGAGCACAAGUCCACCCUGGACCCCAGCUCCCCUCGGGAUUUCAUUGACUGCUUCUGUAUUAAAAUGGACCAGGAAAAACAUAAUGCGGAGUCCUUCUUCACCAUUGAAAACUUGGUCUUCUCAGCCAUUGACCUGUUUGCGGCAGGAACAGAAACGACCAGCACCACUCUCAGAUAUGGACUCCUGAUCCUCCAGAAAUAUCCAGAGAUAGAAGAGAGAGUCCAGGAAGAGAUUGACCGGGUGGUUGGCCGCUCAAGAAGGCCUUGCAUGGCUGACCGUGGUCAGAUGCCUUACGCGGAUGCCGUCCUCCACGAGAUCCAGAGGUUCAUCUCUCUCAUCCCAUUGGGUGUCCCCCAUGCAGUGGUCAAGGACACGCCAUUCAGACAAUACAUCAUCCCCAAAGGGACCACAGUAUAUCCUAUUCUGACCUCGGCAUUGCAUGACAGCAAGGAAUUCCCCAACCCCACAAAGUUUGACCCCCAGCAUUUCCUGAACAAAGAUGGGAGCUUCAGGAAGAGCGACUACUUCAUGCCCUUUUCUGCAGGCAAGCGGAUCUGCGCAGGAGAAGGCUUGGCCCGCAUGGAGCUCUUCCUCUUCUUGACCUCCAUCCUCCAGAACUUCAAGCUGAAGCCCCUCACGGACCCCAAGGAGAUCGACAUUACACCUCUGAUGAGCAGUACCACCAACAUCCCCCGGCCCUACCGCCUCUGCGUCGUGCCCCGUUGAGAAGGUCAACAUCUCUUACAAGAUCUGUCUGGAUCCGGUGCCUUUAUUUAGAGCAUUGGGCAUGAAAACUAUGGCUCCACUCCAGCCCCAAGUGAAAAUGUGGUUUUUCAUUAAAGGCUAUGGAAAGAAGCUGGAUGUGUCUGUACCUGCGCAUGGCUUUCAAACUGUUUUAACUACUAAGCUGUGCAGUAUGCUUUGAGUAAGUUUCAAUUCUUUUAUACUGUUUUGCAUUUUACAUAGUUUUAAGAUAGUUUUAUCUGCACACUCCUCUAUAACUCAGUGAUGAAGGAUGAUAGCAUAGCAUAGCAUAGCAUAGCAUAGCAUAGCAUAGCAUAGAUAGGAUUUGGAUUAGGGUUAAACAUGAAAUUUCUUUAGAUGUUGUUUUCUCGUUGAGAUUGGGCAGGAGACCUUCCUGAUCUUGGUCUCAAAUUGAUCAUAAUUCAGCUUCAAUGGAUGGCUCUGGGUUUCAAUCCUUUCAUCUUCAGAGCAUAAUAUUUGGAGCAGCUCCCAAUGUCUCUUCCACUCCCUUUUAAACAGGUUUGGCUUUUCCAUCCCUAUCUCUUGCAUGCUUCCAGCAGAUGGUCAUCUUACAUUGUUUGGGUAUCAGUUGUUUGGUUAUCCAAAUCCAAUCCCUGUUUUUGUUAGUCUGAAGCUGAAGCCAUCAGUCGACCCAGAAUCCCAUGGUAGAUUUCCUGGGAAGACCAUCAGGUCUUGGUUCACAGUCUGGCACCUUUGAGGUCUCAGAUUAUUUCCAAACCUAGUCUCCUCAGGGCCACCGUGUGCAUGGAGAGCAUUAUGCGCACAGCAAGACUUUUCUGCUUUCUCUUCCUCCGACUUUGUCUGAGCCAAAGCCCACUUUCUGUUGUCUCCUCUUCACAAUAGGUGUAUAUUAACAUCUCCACAACACUAAGCCUCCUCCACGAUCCAGUUUCCAUAUCUCUACUUCAGUUAGUUCUGUAUUGUGCGUCUCUUUGAAAUACUAUUAAAUGUAUGAUUGCACUGUUGCGUGUCUUUAAAAUAAAAACCUUCUUAUCUUCCCCAAA